AUGGGACUCAGUCGUUGUCCAGAAGUAUCACCUCACCCUCCAAACAGAACUGCUCAGUUCCCGAGCGAAGAUGGGAAAGGCGUAAAUUGGUAUGAACAUCCUUUGGUCGACAAGGCCAUCAACGGAGACCCCAAAUAUCAUGAGCUUGUCCCACAAGAAGUCAAAAUAAUACGGAACAUUGCCUUAUAUGUAGAGAAGCAUAUCUCUAUGCAUGAUCCUGACAUGACGAGGAAUCGCACAUGGCUAGUAUGCUUGCAUUGGAGGUUUCUCGGGACGAGAAAGACAGAUGAAGCCUGGGAAUGGUCAGCGGAGAAGAUCUGGGCAGAGCGGAAGAAGCUCCAGGGUAAUCGUUCAGGUAAGCAAAACCCUGGAUAA